CUUUAAGCCUGUAUAUGUAGUGCUCCAGGCCUUAGUCAGUGUCAGGGUCCACUGAACGCUCACAUCACCCAUUGCCACUUCCUCUUUGCUCUGCGCAGUGGUCAUUAGUGUCAACCAAAGAGUCCACUGGCAAGUCACGAGGAACUUCGAGGACGCUGUUUAACAUCUCACGGUGAUUAGCACCGCGAGAAGGACCGCACCCGCAUGGAGUGCAUGACUUGAAGACUAAAUUUGAAGGCGCAGGAAACGUGACCUGUACGUGGCGACAUGGCUUCACUCUACACUUUCCUUAACCGCUUGCUGCCGUUUGCCACGCCCGGGACACCGAUUCUGCAAGAUGUCCUCCAUUUAGCGAUUAUCUGCAGCGCUCUUUACUUUGCGCCGCAGAUUCAAAGUCGUUUCCAAGAAUGGCACCGUGGCCGUCAGGAUGAAGACGCCAACACCCAAGGGCAACUUGGACAUACCGAAACGCAGCUUGACCCCCGUGUCCAGGAUGAUGGCGAAGACCUACUCACUGACGGACGCGAAGAUGAGGCCGCGGAGCCUGCUUUCAACGCAGACGGGCAUGCAGACGACACUCAGGCUGAAGCGGUCGAACCCACCGACAUGCUCGAUGAUCACCCGCGCCAUGCUCCUCAAGUACAGAUGCCUUCUCAACGGAACGUAGGCGCGAAGAAGGCGAAGGCUCUGGCCAAACGCGACCAACGACGGGCUUACAACGAAUUCAUGCGUUCUCAAGGUGAUAUCCAGCGUGCUCGUGAUGCAGAGGGAGCACAAGAACGCGAAGCCGUACUCGCAGCAGAACGUCAACGUCGGCGAGCUACAGAAGCUGCACUUGAAGCCAGGAAGGCUCGGGAGCGCGGAUUGAAACGUGAGCAGGAGACGAAGGCACGGGAAGCGGAGAUUAAACGGCGAGAGUUGGCUGUGAGUACCGUGAAACGCCAGCUUGAUGAGAAGCGCAUGGUCAAUCUCUUCGACGUUGCGAAGCUUGUGGGCGACGAUGCCGACGAUGAAUGGGUCGAGCGCAUCCUGAACGCGGCCGGUGUGCUUGGAAGGUCUGGCAGCAUGAUGACCAUGGUGACGGCUACACGGUGGGUGGUUCGGGUGACCGAGAAAGACAUGCACGCUGUAUAUGAGCGAGUGUUGGAGCAAGACAUGAGCGACGCCGAUGGGAAGAUCAGUUUUGACACUGUGGCCACCGCCCUUCAGAAUGCGCUGGUCGGGAGUUAGUUGAUCCAGCUCAACAGCACAUUGUUCACCAGCAAUACGCACGCGCCCUGCGGAGAGUCUGAAGUAGCCGCAACAGCCUACCAGCAGCUCUCCAUUCCUUUUCCAACACUGGGAAUCCGGUGGUCUUUAGGAAAGCGGAGCUCCGCAGCCGCUUCG